GAUGAAUGCUCUUACCAUUCACUCAUAUAUAGUUCUACAUACAUAAUAUAAUAUAAAGCAAAAAAUCUUAUAAUAUUAUAGUCUUAAAAUGAUGUCUGAAUCACCUGUUAAGAUUUUUCAAGCCCUACUAUUCCUGACAUGUAUAGUAGGGCUAGCCAUUGCCCAAAACAACCCACAAGACUACCUCAACGCUCACAACUCAGCUCGUGCUGCGGUGGGUGUGGGGCAGCUGAGAUGGGAUGACAGGGUGGCGUCCUACGCCCAGCAAUACGCCCAACAACGCAUGGGUGACUGCAAUUUGGUGCACUCUAGAGGACCUUAUGGCGAGAAUCUGGCCUGGGGAAGCGCAGAUCUUUCAGGUGUUGAUGCCGUAAAAAUGUGGGUCAAUGAGAAUGUCGACUAUAAUUAUAACUCGAACACCUGCGCUGCUGGCAAGGUUUGCGGGCACUAUACUCAAGUGGUGUGGCGUAACUCGGUUCGUUUGGGGUGUGCUAAGGUUCGGUGCAACAAUAAUAAGGGUACCUUCAUCACUUGCAACUAUGAUCCACCAGGCAACUAUGUUGGCCAGCGCCCUUACUAAAUUAAAGACUCCUUGCUCUUUAUGAUAUUUAUGUUAUUCUAUAGUAAUAAACAGCAGGAAGAAUAUCUACCAUGAAUCAAGAUCCCCUAUCUAAAUAUGUAUCCCAUAUUAUUAUGUCUAAAUAAUAUAAUGAUGGCACAUCAUUUAAUCU